CAGCCUCAACCCCGCCCCCCGACCCCAAGCCGCUCUGGGCCGAGGAGAGUAGCUGCCAUCGCGCCUUUAAAGGAGAAACUUGCCACUAGCCCCUCGGGACGCGAACACCCAGGACGGUGCCCCGCUUGGGGUCUCUGGGGAGGCCGGACCGGGACGCGGGACCUGGGGCGCGGCAGGCUGCGCUCUCCCGGCCGGUGACGCAGAGCGCGCCGCGGGCGACACGGACAGUGCGGGGCGAGUGACGCGGGGACGCUGCCCUCUCCGAGCAGGUGCGCGCGCCGGGCCGGAUGGACAUCACCAGGGCCGGCGACGAGCAGCCCUUGAGGUGCCUUCCGGACACACAGCCUCGCAGGCUGGAGGAAACGCUGUUCUGAGGGAGGCAGGAGCCGGCAGGAGCCGGUGGGAGCCGGAGAGGAGGCAGCCCUCACUAUGGAGCCCUCACCCCCGAGAAAAGAUGGCUCCGAGCUGGAGGAGGGCCUCGGGGUACAGCCCAGGAGGGUCGUGGACCUGGACAUGGUCUCCAAUCUCCGACGAAGCAACAGCAGGAUGGGGAAGUCACAGUAUCUAUAUGGCAACUGUGGAAAGCAAGAACAUCUUAGUUCGUGGAUUCCUGAAAACAUCAUGAAGAAAGAGUGCGUGUACUUUGUGGAAAGCCCCAAACUGUCUGAUGCCGGGAAAGUGGUGUGCGAAUGUGGCUACAUGCAAAAGCAGCACGUGGAGGAGGCCACCAGGCCCCAUGCCUUCCAGGGCAACCAGUGGGACCCAAAAAAACACGUCCAGGAGAUGCCAACUGAUGCCUUUGGUGAUAUUGUCUUCACAGGCCUGGGCCAGAAGAUGGGAAAGUAUGUGCGCCUGUCCCAGGACACACCUCCCAGCGUGAUCUACCGCCUCAUGACCCAGCACUGGGGCCUGGACGUCCCCAGCCUCCUCAUCUCCGUGACAGGCGGGGCCAAGGACUUCAUCAUGAAGCCCAGGCUGAGGAGCAUCUUCCGCAGGGGCCUGGUCAAGGUGGCCCAGACCACAGGGGCCUGGAUUAUCACUGGGGGCUCCCACACCGGCGUGAUGAAGCAGGUGGGUGAGGCAGUGCGGGACUUCAGCCUGAGCAGCAGCUACAACAAGGGAGAAAUCAUCACCAUUGGAGUUGCCACGUGGGGCACGGUACACAACCGGGACAGCCUGAUCCACCCCGCGGGCAGCUUCCCUGCAGAGUACAUGGUGGAUGAGGAUGGCCAAGGACACCUGACCUGCCUGGACAGCAACCACUCCCACUUCAUCCUCGUGGACAACGGGACUCACGGCCGCUAUGGGGUCGAGAUCCCCCUGAGGUCAAGGCUGGAGAAGUUCAUAUCAGAGCAGACAAAGGAGAGGGGAGGUGUGGCCAUCAAGAUCCCCAUUGUCUGUGUGGUGCUGGAGGGGGGCCCUGGCACACUGCACACCAUCUACAACGCCAUUGCCCACGGCACCCCCUGCGUGAUCGUGGAGGGCUCAGGCCGCGUGGCCGACGUCCUUGCCCAGGUGGCCAGCCUGCCCAUCUCCGAGAUCACCAUCUCCCUGAUACAGCAGAAGCUGAGCGAGUUCUUCCAGGAGAUGUUUGAGACCUUCACCGAAAGGCGGGUCGUGGAGUGGACCAAGAAGAUCCAGGACAUUGUCCGGAAGCAGCAGCUGCUGACCAUCUUCCGGGAGGGCAAGGAUGGCCAACAGGACGUGGAUGUUGCCAUCCUGCAGGCCCUGCUGAAAGCCUCUCGGAGCCAAGACCACUUUGGCCACGAGACCUGGGACCACCAGCUGAAGUUAGCAGUGGCGUGGAACCGCGUGGACAUUGCCCGGAGCGAGAUUUUCACUGAUGAGCGGCAGUGGAAGCCUUCAGAUCUGCACCCCAUGAUGACGGCCGCCCUCAUCUCCAACAAGCCUGAGUUCGUGAAGCUCUUCCUGGAGAAUGGGGUGCUGCUGAAGGAGUUCGCCGCGUGGGACACCCUGCUCUACCUGUAUGGGAACCUGGACCCCGCCUGCCUGUUUCACAGCAAACUGCAGAAGGUGCUGGCUGAGGAGCCUGCCAUCCAUCACCUGCAGAUGCACCAUGUGGCCCAGGUGCUGCGGGAGCUCCUCGGGGACUUCACACAGCCACUAUACCGCAUGCCCCGCAUGGGUGACCGGCCGCGGCCCCUGCUGCCAGUGCCUCCUAUCAAGCUCAACGUACAGGGAGCGAGCCUCCAGUCCCUCUACAAGCACUCGUCAGGCCGUGAUGCCUUCACCACGGACCCAGUGCGCGAUCUUCUCAUUUGGGCCAUUGUCCAGAACCGCCGGGAGCUGGCAGAAAUCAUCUGGGCUCAGAGCCAGGACUGCAUUACGGCCGCCCUGGCCUGCAGCAAGAUCCUGAAGGAGCUGUCCAGGGAGGAGCAGGACACAGACAGCCUGGAGGACAUGCUGGCACUCACAGCCGCGUUCGAAAACAGAGCUGUUGGGGUCUUUACUGAGUGUUACCGGAAGGAUGAGGAGAGAGCCCAGAAGCUGCUUGUCCGCGUGUCGGAGGCCUGGGGGAAGACCACCUGCCUGCAGCUGGCCCUGGAGGCCAAGGACAUGAAGUUUGUGUCUCACGGGGGCGUCCAGGCUUUCCUGACCAGGGUGUGGUGGGGCCAGCUCAGCGUGGACAAUGGGCUCUGGCAGGUGUUCCUGUGCAUGCUGGUCUUCCCGCUGCUCUACACUGGCCUCAUCUCGUUCAGGGAGAGGAGGCUGAGGGCUGGCAGGGGCCUGGCCCACAUCCGCGCCUUCUUCAGCGCGCCCGUGGUUGUCUUCCACCUAAACGUCCUGUCCUACACCGCCUUCCUCUGCCUCUUCGCCUAUGUGCUCAUGGUGGACUUCCAGCCCACGCCCUCCGGCUGCGAGCACCUCCUCUACCUCUGGCUCAUCUCCCUGGUGUGCGAGGAGUCGCGGCAGCUCUUCUACAACCCUGAUGGGUGCGGGCUGGUGAAGAUGGCGCUCCGGUACUUCAGUGACUUCUGGAAUAAGCUGGACAUUGGUGCCAUCUUGCUCUUCAUAGUGGGACUGGCCUGCAGGCUCACACCAGCGCUGCUGUAUCCCGGGCGCAUCGUCCUGUCUCUGGAUUUCAUCAUGUUCUGCCUCCGGCUGAUGCACAUUUUCACCAUCAGUAAGACGCUGGGGCCCAAGAUAAUCAUCGUGAAGCGGAUGAUGAAGGACGUCUUCUUUUUCCUCUUCCUGUUGGCGGUGUGGGUGGUGUCUUUUGGGGUGGCCAAGCAGGCCAUCCUCAUCCACAACGAGAGCCGGGCGGAGUGGAUCUUCCGGGGUGUCAUCUACCACUCGUACCUCACCAUCUUUGGGCAGAUCCCAGCCUACAUUGACGGCGUGAACUUCAGCCUGGACCAGUGCAGCCCCAAUGGCACAGACCCCUACAAGCCCAAGUGCCCCGAGAGCGACACCAGGCGGCUCGAGCCCGUGUUCCCCGAGUGGCUGACAGUCACCUUGCUCUGCCUCUACCUGCUCUUCACCAACAUCCUGCUGCUCAACCUCCUCAUUGCCAUGUUCAACUACACGUUCCAGCAGGUCCAGGAGCACACAGAUCAGAUCUGGAAGUUCCAGCGCCACGGCCUGAUAGAGGAGUACCACGGCCGGCCCCCAUUGCCGCCGCCCCUCAUCCUCCUCAGCCACCUGCACCUCUUCAUCAAGAGGGUCAUCCUGAAGAGGCCUGCCAGCCAACACCAGCAGCUCAAGAAUAAGCUGGAGAAGAACGAGGAAGCAGCCCUGCUGUCCUGGGAGGCCUACCUGAAGGAGAACUUCCUGCAGGGCCAGCAGAGGCAGAGGGAGGAGCAGAAGGUCCAGGACCUCGGCAGCAGGGUUGACACCAUGGUGGACCUGCUGGAAAUGGAGCGUCUGAAGCUGUUGGGCACCUUGGAGCAGAGACUGGCCUCCCUGGAGGAGCAGGUGGGUUCAGGGCCGGGGCUUCUGUUUCUGGGCCGUGGAUCCCAAACAUUCUGCUGGACGCUUUGCUACCUGGGCUCUGUCACGUGGCACUGCGAGGUGUCAGUCUCCUGGGCUGGGCCAGGGGAGCACCUCCACCCUCCCUCGGCCUGCACGCGGCUACACUCUGGCAGCCCCACUGUGGGGAAGGACCGUAGAGGAUGCCCCUGCCUGUGCGCCAGGUGCCUGAGCCCCUGCUCUGCCCAUGACUCCGUGUGGCUGUCCCCAGCACCCCAGAAAGCCUCAGAGGGGCAGGACCCUGUGCUGGACAGCAGGCAGAAGGCCAAGGACCCGGGUGACCCCCACCACGUGCAUUCCCGGCACCUCUUGUACCCCAACGCCCCGGUCACACGUUUCCCGGUGCCCAACGAGAAGGUGCCCUGGGAGACGGAGUUCCUCAUUUAUGAGCCUCUCUUCUACUCGGCUGAGUGGACGGACAAGGGCCCGGUGGACCCCAUGGGGGGCACCCUGGAACCUCUGUCUGGGAUCAGCUUCAACGCCAUGGACGGGUCCGUUGAUCGCCGGAGCUUCCAUGGGGCCUACGUGGUGCAGGACGGGCUCCCUCUGAACCCAAUGGGCCGCACAGGACUUCGUGGGCGUGGGCACCUCUGCUGCUUCGGCCCCAACCACACGCUGCAGCCUGUGGUCACCCGCUGGAGGCGGAACCAGGAUGGAGCCAUCUGCCGGAAAAGAGUAAAGAAAAUGCUGGAAGUGUUGGUGGUGAAGCAAGCCCUGUCAGAGCACUGGGCCUUGCCAGGGGGCUCCCAGGAGCCAGGGGAGACACUGCCCCGGACACUGAAGCAGGUCCUGGGGAGAGAAUGUUGGCCUUGCUUCCGGAACUUGCUGGCACAGGGCAUGGAGGUAUACAAAGGAUACGUGGAUGACCCAAGGAACACAGACAAUGCCUGGAUCGAGACAGUGGCCAUAAGCAUCCACUUCCCCAACCAGAGUGACGUGGAGCUGAAGAGGCUGAACUGUCACCUGCAUGCCUGUGACCCAGAGACGGCCAUCCGAUGGCAGGCCGUGGACAAGUGCAUCCCACUGCAUCCCAGCCACAAGGCCAUCCUCCAGAAGGUGGCCGCUCUCUACGGGGCUUUCUACUGACCUGUGGGCUCAGGCCAGGCCCUCUGCCCAGAGCAGGCGAGCUGGUCCUUCCACAGGGACUUGAGCUGCACGGGCUGCAGGCUGAUGCCAGCUGCCUGGGGCACAUGCAGCCUGGACGUGGACAGGCAAGGGGCCGCUGCCAGGGCACUGGGGAUGUGGUUUGGGGAUCUGUGCCCCUCUCUGUCAGCCCAAGUUGCCUGUUAAAGAAGCUUGUGAAUUGGAGUGCAUCAGGGCCCCUGUGAGGACAGCCAAGGCAGGGGACAUUCUGGCUGCAGCCACGCGGCAGGUCCCCAGGGCUGAGGGGAACACCAGGACCCCAGCAGACAUCACUGCCCACCACCCUCCAGAGCCAGCUGGCAGCAGCUAUGGGGCUGGGCGGGGCUGAUUCCCGCCUGGUGGGUGGUCACU